UGUUUAUUUGUCUAAUUGCACGAGUGUGUAAAAACAGCCUGUAGUUUUGGAUCAAUAUUUUCUGAUGCAUGAUAAACAGCUCUCACAUAAUAACUUUUUGAUAAGUGCUCAGCCCCCGGCUUUCUUUCUUUCUUUCUUUCCUCCCCCACUGGUGUAAGCUGAAUCCCACAUUGCAUUACGCGAUGCAACUUUUGAGCUGCUCCCCAAAUCCAAAGCAGCAGCCUACUUUUAGCCAAGUCGUCGCCAUUUUAUUAAGCGUCUAAAUAGCCCUCCCCAAUCGCCUAUUAUGAACCGCAACGAGAUCCUGUGCUGUAUUCACCGUUUUAUCUCCUCCUCUGGCCACAUGAAAAUGGCCACGCAAUUGCAUUCCCGCACAUCCACCACCAACCCCUCCGCGCUGUCAUCCUGUAACCCCGCGCACACGCUGCCUGCUGCCGCUGCUGCUCGGCUCGCUGCAGCUCCUCCGCUCGCUCGCCCGUCGUACUACUGACACGUUAACGGCUUGUAUGCAAACGAGGAAGGCACAAUCUGAGCCAUUAUUACUGGCGGGAGAGAUGUAACUUUCCCCGAGAGAAGUGGGCAGGAAAAAAAAAAUAAAAAAUAAAGAUCCAGCGUAACCAGUCCGCCACCUAGCUGCGGAGACGCGCCGACGGAGCUCUGUCGACUGUAUGAUUAUGAAAACACCCGCGCCAAUGUUGUUGCACAGUAGGCUCUGCGCUCCGUUGAGACUGAAACUCGGUUUUAGGAGGUGUUUUAACCUCCUCUGGCCUUAGUUAUGUAAUCAAAGCAACAUCUAAUGCACCAAAGGCUGUGGAUUGCUGUUGGUGCGAAGGGGAGAGCAGGACAGCAACACCUUAACCUCCUGCCUAAACGCAGUUGGCUCCGGGACGCGCUCUUGGUUCAAACCAAAAGGACGAGAGAGAGACCUUCCUUCGCUGGAUGAAGGAGCCCAGCUAUACUUGGACUAUUACAGGAUAUUGUUUUGGAAAUCUUUUGACCUUACACCUGCUUUCUGCUCUUUGCCUUUGACCUUACUAAUCCCACCGGGAUCAUUUAAAAGUGUUAUACUGGGAACCCCACAGCAUUUUACUUCUCCCCCCUGACUUCUCUGAUGGACCAGAGAGUGAAGGGGGGAACCCCUCCAACCACAAACUCCACUCUGGAACCCACCUCUGCACCUGAAGACUCUGAACAGGACCAAGUGGCAGAGAAAAAGUGGAGAGGUGAGGGGGAGAAUAGAGAUGUAGGGGAAAAGGAGGAAGAGAAGAAGGGAGCAGGGAGAAAGAGAGAAGGAGACAAGGGGGCAGUGCUGGAGCUGCUCAUCGAGGGGCGCUGUGGAAGCGCAGGGCAGCAACAGCUACAGAUCUCUGGCAGAGAGACGAGCUGCCCUGAGGGGAAUGUACGACUUCGGAUUGGACUACAGGCCAAACGCACCAAGAAACCGCCCAAGAUCUUGGAGAGCUACGUCUGCAAGCCCACCAUCAGGACCUAUCAGAGGCAAGGCAGGGGGGCACCGCUAAGGGGGGACGGAGAAGGAGGAGUGGGCCAGCAGGGCAAAACCAGCUCUGCUCCAGACGAAGCAACCAGAGAUCAACGCUCAGGCUUGGAUUCUGUCCAGACCACAUCCAAACAGACUGCAUCUGCUGCUUCACCACCACUUGCAUCAUCAUCAUCAUUAUCAUUGCCAUCAUCAUCAUCUUCGUCAUCACAGCCGCUGUCGUUAUUAUCAACAUUCACUGCUGCUUCCACCCCGGCCUCAGUCCCUGCCAUAACCAGCCAAGGGACCAAGUCUGCCAAACAGGUUCCUAUCAAACUGGCCGAUAAGACAGAGGUGAAUUCAAAUGGCUCAUCUGAGAGAGUGAAGAAAGAGAAGCUCCCUAGUGUCAAUGGCCAGCCUGUCCUUGCAGGACACAAACCUUGUUCGUCUACAACAGACCAGACAGCUUCAACAACUCCUUCCAACACAUGCAUCCAAGCCCUGUCUGCAUCAGAAACAAGGAAUGAAGGAAAGACCUCCAAGAAACAUAAUGGUUUGGUACAAACAAAACAGAAGGGACUAUCGAAUGGCAAAGGCUCUACCGACAUACUCAGCACUUCCACCUCGUCGAAAAUCAAAGCUGGAAAACACAGCAGUUCCUCCUCUGUUUCUUCCGCAGACCAAUCACCAAGACCUCCAGUCUCCACCAGCACCCAUAAAGAACUUAGCCUGUCCAAUAAGAGUAGGCCAGACUCUCCUUCUUCUCCCUCAGUCACCCCUAAACCACAGUCCUCCCCCAAUGUGGAUCUUUCCUCUGCCCAAUCCCAAGAUCAGGAUUCUUCUCCGCAGGCCUCACUAGAGAAAAAGAAAGAGAAAGAGAGGAAAGCAAAGAAAGAGAAACGAAAAGACAAAAAAUCAAAGCGAGAUAGAUUGGAGGCUGAAAGAGCAAAGAGUGAGGGCAGAAAGGAGGAAGGAAAGAAGAAGAAAAAGGAGAAAGGGAAGGAUGGAAAAUCAAGGCAUGGUAAAGAAAAGGAUGAAAGACAUAAGACUGAUGAUACGUGGAGGGAUGAACUAAAGGUUGAAAGAGGAAAGGGUGAGAAAAAGAGGGAUAAAGUUAGCCCAGACAGACAAAGAACAGAGGAUAAUAAUGCAAAAUGUGGUGAAACAGUUGAUAGUGGUAAACUAGAUAAAACCAGUAAAGUUGUGAAUCCAGGCAGACCAGAGGAGAUCGACAAGGCAGAUGACAGUUGCAAGCCAGUUAAACUAUCUGAGCCAGCAACAGGUGACGGCAGUAAAUCAAAAGAACAAGACGUCUCAAGACAUUCAACUGUGCCUCCAAGCCACCCCUCUUCUUCUGCUCCUCCCUCUGUGCCCACUCCUUCUGCCCGUGCCCCUGUUUCCCCCCCUUCUUCCCCUCAAGAGCAGGAUAGCCGACCGCUCAAGAAACGUAAAGCCAGGCGGCCCAGCUGGACCAAGCUGGUUCACCGAGCUCAGAGGGCGGAAAAUCAGGAAGCCCCGUCAGAUUCCCAACAUAAUUCCUUACUAGGUUUUCCCCAGAACCCCAAAACGUCCCUUCCUGCCAAGGCCACUAUUCAGCAGACUGAUGAGUCACACCCAGCUCCCUCUACUUCCUUAACCAGCAGUUCCUCCCCUUUUUCUUCAGCAACCAAACCUCCAUCCCCAAAGCAGAGUCACCCCACAUCAGACUCAAGCCCCCCUGCUUCCAGAUGCCCCAUAACCCCUGCCCGGAAAAGGGGCCGCCCCAAAUCCCACAGCUCUAGCUUAGACGAACCUCCCCCAAGACUUUCACCAAAUGCUAUCCCAACUGAGGUGCCUCUUCUGGGCUGUGACGGAAUUCAGAAAGCCCCUGUGCUGGAGCCAAGUCCAAUACUGCAGUGUGCUGCUCAGUCUAAAUCCAGCCCCAAGAAGCGUGGCCGUCCUCCCAAAAGACCCCUCCCUGAGGACCAGAGUGGAGAUGCACUGAAUCGCACUGAUGAUGCAGACAGGAGUAAAGAUUUUCAUCCUCCUGAAAAGGGGAACAGGCAGCUAAAGAUCAGGAGGCUGAUUAAUGAGAUGAAGAAAAGAAAGAAGAGGAGACUUCAAAAGGUAAUGCUGUCUGGGUAUGUUGGAAAGGAGGGAAAGGGAAGCGAGGCAGCAGAUGGUGAGACCUCUCUGAGAAUGUGUAAAUCGAUAGAGGCUACAACGGUACAUACUCUCUCAGCCCUGUCCUCCUCCUUUGGGAGUAAGCUGGGCCCUCAGAUCAAUGUGAGCAAAAGAGGGACCAUCUACAUGGGCAAGAGGCGAGGACGCAAGCCUAAAACCCAAACAGCCCCCACAGUCCAAACCAACUCCCAGAACUCCACUCAGUCAUCUCUGUUUAGCAACCCCUCUGAAACAUCUCUCUUCUCUAACCAACCCCAGCCUCCCCCCUCUCACCCAUUUCCCUCCCCAUCUCUUACCCACUCCAGCGGGGCCCAGAGCCCUUAUAGUGAAGGCAGCCUCGCAGAACCGACAUCCUCCCUAAUUUUCCCUCACCCCUUCUCCCUCCCUUCGCCAUCAUCCUCCUGUACCUCCCCCCGUCCUCCCUCCUCCUCAUCCCUCUCUCCCUUUGUGAAGAAGAGUUGUCCAUGUCAGGGAAGGCAUCACUUCCCCUUUCACCAGUCUUCAUGUAAGCUCUCCUGUCCCACCCCACCACUGCAUCACACACCUGGCUCCCCAGGCCACCUGAAAGAGGCCACCCCCUCCCCGAGGAGCGAAUCACACAGCGAAGAGACACUGCCCAGCGAUAGCGGGAUUGGAACGGAUAACAACAGUGUUUCUGAGAGAGGGGAGAUUAGGGGAGCUCGAGGCAUGCUCAGGUUAGGUCAGGGGUCAGGAGUGAUUCUGGGGGGUCAAAGACACCCCUCCUCUCUUGUGGACCGUCCCUCUCCUGUCUCUUCACCCCUCUCUCACAUGCCCAGACACACAAACCCCAUCACCAACUCAUCAACUGUGGAGCGGCACAGAGAAAGAGACCGACACAGGCACAGGCGGAGGGAUUUCGACUGUUCCUCCUCUUGUACUUGCUUGUGCCCGUGCUCCUGCCCAGGACACAACAAGUGCACUCAUUCAGAUUAUUACUCUUGCCUUGGGCACAAUGCACUGAAGAGACAGAAAAAUAAACAUAAGAAGAAGCACCAGCAGCUGCAUAUGCAGGAUCCAGAGUUUCUGGCUGAACUAGAAGAUCUGAUCGGUCAGUUCAGCGAGGUCCAUAUCGGACGGCGAGGUUGGGCUCGGACAGGCCUGGGACAGGGCUUUGAUGGGAGUGGGAAUGCUGCUGGAGGAAGGCGCCAUCACUCGUCCUCCCAUUCUCUUCGCUCUAACAUCUUCAGAAUCAAUCUGAACGGCUUCUACUCACCUCACCCCUCACCCUACUCUGCUAAUACCUCCUUCUCCCCUCAGCCUUUCUACCCAUGCCAGCCUGUGCAUUGUAACAGAAAGCCAGACCGCAGGCAGUGUGCUUGUCCAUCAAAGUUCCAAGAGACCAUUGAAAAUAUGGGCUUUUACAGCAGCUAUCCUCCAGCCACAACACUUUACCAUCACCUCCCUAGCUCCUACCCGCUCCCCUCUCCACACCAGUACGGCCCCCAUCAGUCGCAUCAUGCCCAUUUCCUCCUCAACCCUGCCAGAUUCCACAGGCGGAGAAGCAGGUUGCUUAGGGAGGGAGCUUUAGGAGGAGAGGUUGAAGGAGAUGUAGGAGGGGGCAGUGGAGGAGGCCCACACCUCAGCUCAGGGUUCACAUCCAGCCUCUCCUGUGGCUGUGGGAGAAACGAACACAAACACAAGCAUAAACACCGCCACAGGCACUGCGAGCGAGAUCUGGAUGACGAGGAGGAGUUACACGAGGAUGAGGAGGAAGAUGGCAUGGAGAGAGAGGGGUUAGCCAGUUCAAAACCAAGGUCUGGGUUUAUUUUGGGCCAAGGAGAAGGAGGAAGGAAAGGGGCUAGAGGAAUGGGGAGUAUGCUGACAAAAGAAUCGCCUUGGUUAUGUGAGAACGGAAAUGAUUCCUUCUCCUCCGCUGCUGCUGUCACAUCAUCGGCUUCAGCAGAGAGGUAUAAACACACAUCUCUCACCUCACUGGGGCUGGGUUCUUCUCACUUGUCUUCGUUUGGAGGAAGCUGGGGGGCCCUGGGUCAGAGCUGGACGAAAUUCGGGGGCCUGGGAGGGACAGGAUUUGGAAACUCAAACCCCAGCUGGAGAGGAUUCAGUGGGGAGCAACAUACAGGCCGGCUGAUUGCAUCAGACGGAGAGGACGAUGACAGCGAGGACAUUCAGGAGCCACACCUUUACAGGGCGUCCCCGUCCCCAACACACACCAACCUGUUCACAUCUGCUGCCAUGGCAACAGGGGGGAGGGGUCUCAGGAGCGGAUUGGCCGGUAAGAAUCCAGGAAGCGGAGACAGGUCAUGGAGGAGAGACGAGCCAGCGUGGACAGAGAGGAGAGAAACAGGUUUACAAGGUGACUCGAGAAGCCGGGGGCAGCAGAAAAGUGUGCCAACACCAGACAGUGUGGCAGGGAAAAACAAAAGAAGGCCAGGUCGGCCCAGAAAGCACCCACUGCCCUCCACUAUACCUUCCCCCACGCACUCAUCUGCAGCUCCCUCCAUGUCAUCACCUGACCUCUUGCCAGGACACAGCCAUAACAGAGAUGGGAGAGAAGUGGGAGGGAGGAAAGACGAAAGAGGGCCAGAGAGAGAUCGAGGGGCCGAUACAGUGCAGCAGGUGACAGAGUUGGAGCUGCAGGCUAAGAGGAAGAGAGGACGGAAGAGAAAACAUGGUGACUCUCCUUGUCAUCAGAGUGUCACCGAGGAUAAACCCGAGUGUGACACCCCUCCUGAAUGUUUUAGCCAAUCAGAUGUCGACCAGGCUCCAUCCCAACCAGUAGUCAUCCAAAGAGAGGAGAGAGCAGAUGGUCCUCCCAGGAAGAAGUUUCUGAGGGCAGGUCUUUACUCUGAUGAUUACAAAACGACAGAUCCACCCUCCCAAGCCCAGCAGUUGUGCAGAGAGAGUAUGGAAUACACUCCAGAGGAGCAUGAAUACAGCCUUUUACCUGCUCCCAUACAUGUUGGGAAGUACCUUAGGCUGAAGCGGAUUCAUUUCCAAUUACCUUAUGAUGUUAUGUGGCUGUGGCAGCACAAUCAGCUUCAAAGGCAGCCUGCUGUCCCCAUGAAGAGGAAGCGGCGUUACUGCCGGCUGAAGGAAAGGACUCUGUCCUCUCACCAGACAGCGGAGGAGAACUCCAGUGAUAUUACCAGCCUGUUUCCACACCUCGAUAUGGAGCCUUUGACCAGCAGUGAGAGGAGCUUUGUGGUGAAACACCAUGUUUUCCUUGUGAGGAACUGGGAGCUCGUGAGAGACAGACAGAUCCGAAUGAGGAUAGAGCGGGAGAGGGAGAGAGACGCAGAGGCAGAGGAGGAGGACUCACGACGUCUGUCCUUUGAUAGAGCCAAUGGGGACGACAGCCACAUCAAGUCAGAUCAGCCAGUGGGGGUGGAGGUGACGGUUAUCAGCAGUGACCCCCACCAUCAGAGUCAGGACACCUCCAGCUUGCUCACUGCCAGCCCCUGUCCCACCAAAAACCAGAAUAGACAAGAGGAGGAGGGAGAGGAAGAAAAAAGAGGGGAGGAAGAGGUCUGCAGCAGAGACCAGAGGAGGAAACGGCUGAAUGAUUUACUUUUGACCCUGCAGCAUUCAUAAGCUAACAGAGAGAGGUGGGACCUCUCUGAGAAAGGGACCAGGCCCACCACUGGACAGAUGGAUAGAAACUGAUGUCAUAACACUGCUAUUAACAGUAGUAGUGCCACAGAGAACAAGCGAGAAAAGGGAGAAGAGAGCUGGAGAAUUAUAGCGGCUGAAAAUGCAAGAAAGACAUCUCACACGCUGACAGAUGAGUGUGUUGAACCUAGCACUCUGAAGGGCAUCACACCAAGGAUGAAACCAUGGCAACACAUCUUUUGUCCAAGUGGCGAGGGAUGAGAGAAAUGGAGAUAGAGACUGUCCCGGUUGAAAGAAAGAAACCGACCAGCUGAAAUGAAUUUGCACUAGUGCUGGAUGAACAAGCACACUAAAGACUGUAUGUAUGCUGAGUGGACACACUAUAAAACACACACACACAUACACUUUGAUUGCUCUUACUUCUGCACCUUAAGCAAAGUGGGAAAGUCAGACGUUUGGAGACUGAAAGUGGACAUAUACGGUACUCAGCAUUUCGGCACUGAAGUUUCCAAGAGACGAGGAGUUCACAAACUGCCCGAGGGAACGCGAAUGUAGCCUGAGCCCUAACUAGGUCAAAAUUGAACCCUCAUUUAAUCGUUAAGCUUUCAAAGUCACAUUGCACCUUUGGGAAAUGACACGAGGGGAAGUGAACCAGUUAAAAGCUGUUGAGACAGUGUUAGGGUUUUUCUUCACUUUACCAAGACAGUGUCUGCUAUGUACCAGUGAAUAGGCAGGGGAGGGGGUGGGCUUAGUGAUAGGAAUUUUGGCAUCGCUGCAAGAGAAUUUCUAAUGAGGUUUUAAGAAAGAAGUUAUUUUUGAAAAAAAAAAAAAAAAAAAAAA